AUGAUACACGAAAGUCCAACAUAUUCAAACGAUUCCUCACCAAGUGCUCUAGUGUUGGCUGAUUCACAAUUUAGUUCCUCCCCAAUUGAAACAGAAGAGGAAAAGUACAUUCAACAGCAAUACAUUAAUAGGAAACUGAAAAAAGAAGGAAUAACAACAGGUAAUCAAUUUCUUUCUAGAUUUUCAGAGAAACACUCAACGCAACAAUGUCUAUUAGGUUGCAUUAUCACAUCAGGAUUGAUUUGCUUUUCCUUGUUUUGCAUGGGAAUUGUCCUAUUGUUCAUUUUCAGUGUUGUUUCGUUUACAAUAAUCGAUUAUGGAAAUUACAAUUUUCAAAAAACAUGUUCAGUGUUGGAUAUUUCAUGUAAUGAUAGUCAACUGUGUAGAGGAAUUUUGUCGUACGGAGGAAAGAAUUAUACAAGUCAGGAUGAAUAUCCACUCGAUUGUAAUGUUUGGAAAGAAGUAAGAAAGGGAAUUUCAGUACCAUGUUAUUUUAACAAGGCAGAAAAGCUGUCAAUGCUCUAUCCACUAGUUGUCUUUGAUGAUUGGUCACUGCUUAUUUCCUCCUCCUCAUUGAUGGUAUUGGUUCCAAUAAGUGGUCUGAUAUGUGCAAUCCUCAUGAUUUGUUCAGUGAAACAUGGAAAUGUGUGGGGUAAAAAUAGCAAGAUAAACAGGUAG